AUGUCAAAACUCCCUCUUCCAGACCAUCACCCAUCCCGGAUUCUGUUCACGGAGUACGACGACGCGCCCUCCUCUUCCUCUAGCAGCGCUUCGUCUACGCCCAUGUCGGUGCUCCGCUAUCUGAGCCAGCCGAAGGCGGCUUCGUCCCGCACCGCCCGCGGCACCAGCGACACCCCGACACUCACGCUCCGCGUUCCCAACUAUGGCAUCCUCUUCGUCCCCGUCCCCGAACAACCGUCUGGAGAGUUUGAAGAAGCGAAGCCGAGAGAAGACCAUGUGCUCGCCGGUGAGCUCGAGGUGCAGCUCCGCGACGCCCGGCGAGUUAAACGAAUCCGCGUUGGCCUCAAGACGGUCAUGAUCGCCGAUUUUGGCGGCAAGAAGCUCGACGAGGACGUUCUCUUCGAGCGCAAGGUCGAGAUGAUUGGGGGCAACUCGGAGGGUCUCUGGCUGCCGAGUGGGUCACAGAAGUUCAAGUUCUCCAUCAUCGUACCCGCCAAUCACCCCGUGCACGACUGGCACCCCAAUGCGAAGAUCACGCACCACCUCUACGCCGAGCUCGAGGGCUUGCCUAACGCUGCCGCUGCGCCGCCGCGCGUGGGCUCCUCCAGCUCCCUCUUCAGCUUCAUGGGCGGUAAGCGCUCGUCGCCUCCACACUCAUCCCGCCCGUCACGAUCUGGCUCCCCUGCCCCCGGCUCUGCUGGGCCCCGAGUGGGCAGCCCUCCGCGAUCCGGUACCAGCACGCCCGUGAGCGCCACCAGCGCAGCAGCCGGCCCCAUGGCCAUCGAGGCAGCGCUCGCCGGACUCCAGGUCGCGACGGGGCGAAGCGGCAUCUCGACGGCGCCUACCUCGCCGGUCGGCUCGCCCGGCGCCGAGGUCGACGACCCCAUUCACAAGAUGCAGGCCAGCUCCAUGAGCAUCACAAGGCAGGAGGUCUUUCCGCAGGCGCCGGCGUACGAGUCGAAGGGCGAGCCCGAGUGGCUCACCGGCACCGUACACACUAAGCGCAGCAUCAUGCUCAUGUACAACCCGGACCCGCAAGGCGGCGUGACGGAGUACGAUGACUGUGCCAACGGCUAUGCGCCAGGACUGGGAAUCUGGAACGCCCGCUUCAGCUCUGAUGUUUGGACUGUUUGUGCUGUGAUGAAGUUCCGCUUCUCCCUCGACUCAAUUCCGCCCACAGCUACAAUCUUCACUGUUCGCCUCGCUCUCGAGCAGACGCACACGAUUGUAUCGCCGCGCGACGCUGGCGGGGAAGCGAAGAAAGUCAUCACGACACGACACUUUGCGCUGCAGGAGAGUGGCCGCCGUCCGCCGCAGGGAACAAUCUAUCCAGGCAAGGACUACAUUGCUGCGUGGCGCGGCCCUGCUGCCGGCGGGAAGGAGGUCUGCGGUCCGGACGGAGGCAAGUUCUCGAUUGACACGAACGUUCGUCUGCCGAAGGACGAUGUCGCGCGGCCGACGACGCCGGAGGGAGUUGUCACCCCCAUCACGGUCACUCACAAGCUUCUCCUUGAGGUCUUCUUCAGUGUGUACGGCGAGGACGACCGGGGCAAGCCACUCAAGAACCCCGGCCCCGGCGGACUCCGGAUGCUCCGCGUCAGCCGCCCCGCCAUGAUUCCUUCUUGCUCCAUGAUCCCGCCCAUUCUCAACUUGCCGACAUACGAGGCACACGUCCACGACCCGCUAGCUAGCGACGACCCCGUCGAGGCUGCGCGGGAGGAUAUUGGCUGGGAGUGGUGUGCCUGUGGUCAGAAGCUGGAGGACAUGGAGGCUCGUAUGCGCUCCCAUGGCAUCAUGGAUGAGUGCUCGCGGAACCGCAUUUCUGCAGAUGACAAGAUCUGGGCCGAGAGAGGCCACCGAUGA